AUGGCACCACAGAAUAGCUUCUCCAUAGAGGAUGGUGACAUAAAACGAACUGGAACAUGGCUAACUGCGAGUGCACACAUAGUGACGACUGCAAUAGGAUCAGGAGUGCUGUCAUUGGCAUGGGCUGUUGCUCAGUUGGGAUGGAUUGGAGGGACUGCUGCUCUCAUAAUCUUCUCUCUCAUCACUCUGCUCACUUCCAUUCUCAUGGCUGAUUGCUAUAGGUAUCCUGAUCCUGUUCAUGGGAAAAGAAACCCCACCUACAUGACCAUGGUCAAAACUAUUCUAGGAGGAGUUCAGUACAAGUUUUGUGGAGUGGCUCAGUACACAAAUCUUAUCGGUUGUACAAUUGGUUACACUCUCACAGCAGCCAUAAGCAUGGUGGCAAUGAAAAAAUCAGAUUGCUUUCAUAAGUUUGGCCACCAAGCAGACUGCAAUUCAUCUAAUAAUCAGUUUAUGGCCAUCUUUGGAGUUACACAGAUAUUUCUAAGCCAAAUCCCAAAUUUCCAUGACCUUUCAUGGCUCUCUAUUAUUGCUGCAAUCAUGUCUUUUGGAUAUUCUUUCAUAGGCGUUAUACUCUCCAUAGCCAAAGUUGCAGAAAAAGGACACCAUGUCAAGACAAGCCUUACGGGACUUGUUGUUGGAGUGGAAGUGACAAGGACAGAGAAGGUGUGGAAUACCUUUCAAGCAAUUGCAAACAUAGCAUUUGCAUACACUUUCAGCAAUGUCAUUGCUGAGAUAGAGGACACGUUAAAACCAAGUCCACCAGAAAAUCAAGUCAUGAAGACGGCAUCGCUUAUUGGAAUCACAAGCAGCACAAUCUUUUAUGCAUCAUGUGGUCUUCUAGGUUAUGCAGCGUUCGGGAACAAUGCACCAGGAAACUUUUUAACUGGAUUUGGCUUUUACGAACCGUUUUGGUUAAUCGACAUUGGUAAUCUGUUCGUCAUUAUUCAUCUAGUUGGAGCCUAUCAGGUAUUCGCACAACCUAUAUUUUCUGCUGUGGAAAGUUGGACUGAUACACGUUGGCCAGAAAAUAAGUUCAUGACAAAAGAAUAUAAUGUAAGAAUUCCUAUGGUUGGUACAUGGAGAAUGAACAUGUUCAGGUUGAUAUGGAGGUCAACAUAUGUGGUGUUCACAACAUUGAUUGCUAUGAUAUUUCCAUUCUUCAACAACAUUGUGGGUUUGAUAGGAGCUAUAUCGUUCUUUCCAUUGACAGUGUACUUUCCAAUAGAGAUGUAUCUGACACGAACUAAAGUGCCAAAGUAUUCUCUUAAAUGGAUUGGGAUGAGACUGAUAGUUGGAUUAUGCUUGAUUGUAGCUCUCAUGGGGAUCAUUGCAUCAAUUCAAGGAAUCAUCUUAGGGCUUAAGACCUAUAAGCCCUUUAAAUCUAACUAA